AUGGCGGAACGCGUAGCUAAGUGUCGUGAGGAUGUCUCCAAGAACCGCGAUAAGUACCAGGCCGCUCUCGCGGAGAUCACGGCGUACAACCCGCGCUAUAUCGAGGACAUGACCACCGUGUUCGAUCGCUGCCAGCAGAUGGAGGCGCAGCGGCUGUCAUUCUUCAAGGACGUGUUAUUCAGUUUCCACAAAUGUCUGGACAUUAGCAAGGAACCUACAUUACCACAAAUAUACGAAGAAUUCCACCACACAAUAAACAACGCCGACCACCAGAAGGACUUGAAGUGGUGGGCCAACAACCACGGUGUUAACAUGGCUAUGGCGUGGCCGCAGUUCGAGGAAUACACUGAGGAGUUCCGGGACAUCGCUAAGGGCAAAUCCAAGGAGAGCCUCCCAACGGGACCCAUCACGCUGCUCAACCAACGACCAGUCAGCGAAGACGAACUUCCUCCAAUCACGGCUAACAACAAGUCAAGCAAAGCAACUAACCACACGGAGCUCGCACCAAACAACUCCGUCAUGCAGAACAACUCCAGCGCAAGCAACACCAUCGAUAAGAAAACCAUAAGCGCACCCAUAGCUGUCACGAAUGGCACGGCGUCCGCACCGAAAUCGACAAAAACAUCGCCCGCCAAGGACAGCGUCGGGAAGGACAACCCCUUCGAAGAGGAAGAUUGGGACGAGGAGUCGGCCGGCGCGCUCACGGACACGGGCGAGCCCGGCGUGCCCGUGCGCGCGCUCUACGACUACACCGGCGCCGAGAGCGACGAGCUCAGCUUCCGGCAGGGUACGUGCGCUAGACACUCGCGAAGGGCAGUCUGUGGUGGUCUGCCUUCUGCUCCGCUCUACGACUACACCGGCGCCGAGAGCGACGAGCUCAGCUUCCGGCAGGGUACGUGCGCUAGACACUCGCGAAGGGCAGUCUGUGGUGGUCUGCCUUCUGCUCCGCUCUACGACUACACCGGCGCCGAGAGCGACGAGCUCAGCUUCCGGCAGGGUACGUGCGCUAGACACUCGCGAAGGGCAGUCUGUGGUGGUCUGCCUUCUGCUCCGCUCUACGACUACACCGGCGCCGAGAGCGACGAGCUCAGCUUCCGGCAGGGUACGUGCGCUAGACACUCGCGAAGGGCAGUCUGUGGUGGUCUGCCUUCUGCUCCGCUCUACGACUACACCGGCGCCGAGAGCGACGAGCUCAGCUUCCGGCAGGGUACGUGCGCUAGACACUCGCGAAGGGCAGUCUGUGGUGGUCUGCCUUCUGCUCCGCUCUACGACUACACCGGCGCCGAGAGCGACGAGCUCAGCUUCCGGCAGGGUACGUGCGCUAGACACUCGCGAAGGGCAGUCUGUGGUGGUCUGCCUUCUGCUCCGCUCUACGACUACACCGGCGCCGAGAGCGACGAGCUCAGCUUCCGGCAGGGUACGUGCGCUAGACACUCGCGAAGGGCAGUCUGUGGUGGUCUGCCUUCUGCUCCGCUCUACGACUACACCGGCGCCGAGAGCGACGAGCUCAGCUUCCGGCAGGGUACGUGCGCUAGACACUCGCGAAGGGCAGUCUGUGGUGGUCUGCCUUCUGCUCCGCUCUACGACUACACCGGCGCCGAGAGCGACGAGCUCAGCUUCCGGCAGGGUACGUGCGCUAGACACUCGCGAAGGGCAGUCUGUGGUGGUCUGCCUUCUGCUCCGCUCUACGACUACACCGGCGCCGAGAGCGACGAGCUCAGCUUCCGGCAGGGUACGUGCGCUAGACACUCGCGAAGGGCAGUCUGUGGUGGUCUGCCUUCUGCUCCGCUCUACGACUACACCGGCGCCGAGAGCGACGAGCUCAGCUUCCGGCAGGGUACGUGCGCUAGACACUCGCGAAGGGCAGUCUGUGGUGGUCUGCCUUCUGCUCCGCUCUACGACUACACCGGCGCCGAGAGCGACGAGCUCAGCUUCCGGCAGGGUACGUGCGCUAGACACUCGCGAAGGGCAGUCUGUGGUGGUCUGCCUUCUGCUCCGCUCUACGACUACACCGGCGCCGAGAGCGACGAGCUCAGCUUCCGGCAGGGUACGUGCGCUAGACACUCGCGAAGGGCAGUCUGUGGUGGUCUGCCUUCUGCUCCGCUCUACGACUACACCGGCGCCGAGAGCGACGAGCUCAGCUUCCGGCAGGGUACGUGCGCUAGACACUCGCGAAGGGCAGUCUGUGGUGGUCUGCCUUCUGCUCCGCUCUACGACUACACCGGCGCCGAGAGCGACGAGCUCAGCUUCCGGCAGGGUACGUGCGCUAGACACUCGCGAAGGGCAGUCUGUGGUGGUCUGCCUUCUGCUCCGCUCUACGACUACACCGGCGCCGAGAGCGACGAGCUCAGCUUCCGGCAGGGUACGUGCGCUAGACACUCGCGAAGGGCAGUCUGUGGUGGUCUGCCUUCUGCUCCGCUCUACGACUACACCGGCGCCGAGAGCGACGAGCUCAGCUUCCGGCAGGGUACGUGCGCUAGACACUCGCGAAGGGCAGUCUGUGGUGGUCUGCCUUCUGCUCCGCUCUACGACUACACCGGCGCCGAGAGCGACGAGCUCAGCUUCCGGCAGGGUACGUGCGCUAGACACUCGCGAAGGGCAGUCUGUGGUGGUCUGCCUUCUGCUCCGCUCUACGACUACACCGGCGCCGAGAGCGACGAGCUCAGCUUCCGGCAGGGUACGUGCGCUAGACACUCGCGAAGGGCAGUCUGUGGUGGUCUGCCUUCUGCUCCGCUCUACGACUACACCGGCGCCGAGAGCGACGAGCUCAGCUUCCGGCAGGGUACGUGCGCUAGACACUCGCGAAGGGCAGUCUGUGGUGGUCUGCCUUCUGCUCCGCUCUACGACUACACCGGCGCCGAGAGCGACGAGCUCAGCUUCCGGCAGGGUACGUGCGCUAGACACUCGCGAAGGGCAGUCUGUGGUGGUCUGCCUUCUGCUCCGCUCUACGACUACACCGGCGCCGAGAGCGACGAGCUCAGCUUCCGGCAGGGUACGUGCGCUAGACACUCGCGAAGGGCAGUCUGUGGUGGUCUGCCUUCUGCUCCGCUCUACGACUACACCGGCGCCGAGAGCGACGAGCUCAGCUUCCGGCAGGGUGAUCUAUUUGAAAAACUGGAAGACGAAGACGAACAGGGCUGGUGUAAGGGUCGGAAGGAUGGGCGCGUGGGACUUUACCCCGCAAAUUAUGUGGAGCCUGUGGGUCACUAACCCCCAGCAGUGUCCCGCAGCACCACGCAGCUCUCCGCAGUACAUCGCAGCACAUCGCAGCGUAGCGCAGCAGCGCAACGAACAAACCGAGACCGGAGCAAUACGAUGCUGUCAUAUAUAUCUAUUAGUCCAAUGUCACUGAUUUUUAGAUAACAAUAAUAGAAAUUUUUGUGUUCAAAAUUUAA